AUUUACGCCGUGCAAGUGCCAUCACGACGGAAGAAUGUCUAGAGUUCGAACAAUAGCUACGAACCCUGCGUCAACAGCGAGCAAGACGAAUCUGGACUUGUGCAUCAAAGAUCCGCCGAGUUCGCGUUUUUCUAGUGCGGUCACCUUGCUGACAUGGUUCCGAAUCUUCAUCGGUCACGCUUACCUAUAUUUUAUGGGACUGGUUGGCCUAAUUAUCCUGCCCGUGCUCGCCGUAAGCCAGCGGGCCCGAGAGGUGUUUUUCGCCAUCGUUUACAUGCUGAUUCAGCGCCUGUGGUGCAGCGACUACGGCAUCGUGCGGCGAGUGGUGAUGACCGGACUUGACGAUCUCGUGUCCCAACACAGCGCUCUGAGAGAACGGGACGCAGUUCGUGUUCUCGAAGUAGGUGCUGCUUACGGACCGAACUUGCCUUACGUGCGUCGCAACGUUGAGUACUGGAGGUUGGAGCCAAACGUGAGCUUCGACGAAGGCUUCCAAAAGAACCUGGACGCUAAUAACAAGGUUGAUUUGGUGCGUACUCUUCGCGGACACGGUGAAGACAUGCACAUGCUGCCAGACGGCCACUUCGACGCUGUAGUAAUCACGUAUGUGCUCUGCACAGCCAUCGACGGGAAGAAACUCAUCAGCGAAUGCAAGCGUGUGCUCCGAAAGGGUGGCCGCCUUCUCUUCGCCGAACACGUAGGACACAAAAAGGGCACAUUCGCAAGGUUUAUGCAGGACCUGCUGGCUCCACUCGUCCAGUAUAUGACCGGCGGCUGCUACAUGAACAGAGACAGCGGCCGCGUCUUCCAGGAGGCCGGCUUUGCGGAAGUCCAAAUGGAAGAAGUAGACCUGGACCUUCCUUUUCAGUACAGUUACCACGUCUACGGCGUGGCAACUGCAUAAAUUUCCUGAAAUGCUGAAAGUCGUACUCCCAAGA